AUGGAAAAGUUGAUAUCAGAAAGGCCUGUUUCUGUUUCUAAGGAUGAAAUGCCUGCACUUCAUUCCCAGGACAAGCCAGAUACAAACUCAUGCCCUCACGCACCUGGCAAAUAUUUUCUCCCUGGUGGGAUGGACAAUGAGAACUGCAAGGCUAAUGAGAGGGAAAGGGAGUGGAUCCGCCCUGAUACACCUAGCAAAUGCACGUGGAAGCUUGGGAAACCGCUCUCUGCCUCCCCACAUCGUCAUACCACUCUGCCAGAGCCUCUGAAAAUCCUGCCAAGCAUCCUGAAUAAAGUUGGCAAUACACCCUUGGUGCGAAUCAACAAGAUUGGGAAGCAGUAUGGGCUCAAGUGUGAACUCUUGGGAAAAUGUGAGUUCUUCAAUGCUGGGGGCAGUGUGAAGGACCGCAUCAGCCUGAGGAUGGUAGAGGAUGCUGAGAAGGCUGGGAUCUUGAAGCCUGGGGACACGAUCAUAGAGCCAACCUCUGGAAACACAGGAAUUGGGCUGGCCUUGGCUGCAGCAGUGAAGGGUUACCGCUGUAUCAUUGUGAUGCCAGAGAAAAUGAGUAUGGAGAAGGUGGAUGUCCUGAGAGCUCUGGGUGCUGAGAUUGUGAGGACCCCAACUACUGCCAGAUUUGAUUCUCCUGAAUCUCACGUGGGAGUAGCAUGGAGACUGAAAAACGAAAUCCCCAAUGCACAUAUACUAGACCAGUACCGUAAUGCCAGCAACCCCCUGACACACUAUGACAGCACAGCUGAAGAAAUCCUGCAGCAAUGCGAAGGAAAAAUAGACAUGCUGGUGGCUACAGCUGGCACAGGAGGUACUAUCACUGGCAUCUCCAGAAAGCUAAAGGAGAAGUGUCCAGGUUGCAAAAUUAUAGGUGUUGAUCCUGAAGGCUCCAUCCUUGCUACACCAGAGGAACUGAACAAGACUGACAAGACAAUGUAUGAAGUGGAAGGAAUCGGAUAUGAUUUUGUCCCCACAGUGUUGGAUAGAUCUGCAGUGGACCAGUGGUACAAGAGCAAUGAUGAGGAGUCAUUUGCUUUUGCACGCAUGCUGAUCCGAGAGGAAGGACUGCUGUGUGGUGGCAGCUCAGGCAGCGCCAUGUCUGUAGCUGUGAAGGCAGCCAAAGAACUGAAGGAGGGUCAGCGCUGUGUUGUUAUCCUCCCUGACUCUAUCAGGAACUACAUGUCCAAGUUCUUGAGCGACAAAUGGAUGAUUCAGAAAGGGUUCAUGAAAGAAGACGACCUUGUCAAAAAACCUUGGUGGUGGAACAUCAGUGUUCAGGAAUUAAGACUCUCUGCUCCCCUGACUGUGCUUCCAACUGUUACCUGUGCAAACACUGUUGAAAUUCUCCGGGAGAAGGGAUUCGACCAGGUACCAGUUGUUGAUGAAGCUGGGGUAAUUUUGGGCAUGGUUACCCUGGGUAACAUGCUUUCUUCACUACUUGCUGGAAAAGUUCAGCCUUCUGAUGAAGUCAGCAAAGUAAUCUACAAGCAAUUUAAACAGAUUAACCUGAAAGACAACUUGGGGAAACUCUCUCAUAUCCUGGAAAUAGACCACUUUGCUCUAGUGGUUCAUGAACAAGUUCAGUAUCACACUGACGGUUCCUCCAGUAAGCGGCAAAUGGUGUUUGGCAUCGUUACAGCCAUUGACCUGCUUAACUUUGUGACUACACGAGAACGGGAAAGAAAGUCCAACUAAAGUCAAGUAGCA